GGGCGGGCGCUCGCUCGCUCGCUCGCUCGGCGCAGCCGCCGUUGUCGCCGGGCGCUGGGAGCUGGUGCUGUAACACGGCCGCGCUUGCGGCAUGCCUGGGCUGCUUCUCGCCCUCGCGGGUCGGUAAUCGCCGCGAGGUGAACGCGCUACCCUCUGAAGUUCGCGUCGCUGUCGGCCGGGGGGAGUAGAGCUGUUGCUCAAUGCAUCUCUGUCUCUGUCUACAAGUCUUACCACCUUAAAAGUAUGCUGUUUAGGCAUUAGUGCUGAGCAUCUUGUGGAAGAAAAUGGGAGCUUUUCUAGAUAAACCAAAGAUGGAAAAACAUAAUGCUCGUGGCGAGGGGAACAAUCUACAUUAUGGACUGAGCAGCAUGCAAGGUUGGCGAAUUGAGAUGGAAGAUGCGCACACAGCAGUUAUUGGCCUGCCACAUGGACUUCAUGCAUGGUCAUUCUUUGCCGUCUAUGAUGGGCAUGCCGGAUCCCAAGUUGCUAAAUAUUGCUGUGAACAUUUGUUGGAUCACAUCACUAGCACCCAAGAUUUCAAAAUCACUGAUGAUCUGACAGAGCCUUCUGUGGAAAAAGUAAAGAAUGGAAUUCGUACAGGAUUUCUGCAGAUAGAUGAGCAUAUGCGAACAAUUUCUGAGAAGAGGCAUGGUUCAGACAGAAGUGGGUCAACAGCAGUGGGAGUCAUGGUUUCACCCAAGCAUAUUUACUUCAUCAACUGUGGAGACUCACGAGGAUUGCUCUGUAGGAAUGGGCAGGUUCAUUUCUUUACACAGGAUCACAAACCAAAUAAUCCACUGGAAAAAGAGCGCAUCCAGAAUGCUGGUGGCUCAGUGAUGAUUCAGCGUGUGAAUGGUUCCCUUGCUGUUUCAAGAGCUCUUGGAGACUUUGACUACAAAUGUGUGCAUGGGAAGGGACCAACAGAGCAGCUUGUCUCACCAGAACCUGAGGUUUAUGAAAUCGAGAGAACAGACGAUGACCAGUUUAUUAUCCUAGCAUGUGAUGGGAUUUGGGAUGUCAUGGGGAAUGAAGAGAUCUGUGAAUUUGUUAAAUCCAGACUAGAAGUUAGUGAUGACCUUGAAAAAGUUUGUAACCAGAUUGUUGACACAUGCCUGUACAAGGGGAGUCGAGACAACAUGAGUGUUGUUUUGAUUUGCUUUCCAAAUGCACCAAAGGUGUCGCCGGAAGCAGUGAAAAGAGAAGCUGAGUUGGACAAAUAUCUGGAGAGCAAAGUGGAAGAAAUCUUUGAGAAGCAGGGUGCUGAGGGGGUGCCAGAUGUAGUCCACAUGAUGCGUGCUUUGUCGUCGGAGAGCAUCCCAAACCUCCCACCGGGAGGUGAACUGGCCAGCAAGCGGAGUGUUAUUGAAGCAGUUUACCACAGACUGAAUCCUUGUAGGGCUGAUGGUGCAGUCCUUUUGGGAUUGAAGAUGACUUGUUUCAAUUCUGGUUCAAAAGCUUCUGAGGUAACUGAUGAGGACCACUGGUGCGUCAGGAGAUUGUACCACAGUUGCUGCAAGAGGUGCCUGACAAGCCAGGUGGCCCAGUCCACCAAUGGGAACUUUUAAUUAACAUGAAAGAAAAUGUGCUGAAUGAUGGAACUAGAAUUUGAUACAUCGCUGCAUCAGAUGGGAAAUAAGAUGUCAUGGUGUCAUGAAAACUACCUAUCCAUCAGUGUCAGCAAAACAAAGGAUUUUCUCAUUGACUUCAGUAGGGGAAGGGGGAGGGAGUGCAUAGCACAUGCUCCUUGCUCCUCUUCACAUCAACAAUGUUGAUGUCAAGGAGAUUGAGAGCUUCAAGUUCCUAGGACUGAACAUCACCAAUAGCAUGUCCUGGUUCAACCAUGGUGAUACCACAGUCAAAAAAGCAAACCAAUCUCUACGUCCUCAGGAGGCUCAAUAAAUUUGGCAUGACUCAUACUUCUUAUCAAUGCACUGUUGAAAGAAUUAAUCUGGAUGCAUCAUGGCUUCGAAUGGCAACUGCUUCUGACUGACUGCAAGCACAUCACCAAAACUAGCCUCCAUUCGAAAUUCUAUUUGCAUCUCUCACUGUCUCGGUAAAAUUCCCUGUAUUAUCAAAAACCCCACCCAACCUGGAUAUUCUCUUUUUUCCUCUCAUUGGGCAGGAGAUAUAAAAGCCUGAAAGCUCAAACCACUAGGUUCAAGGACAGCUUCUAGCCUUCUGUUGUAAGACUAUUGAACAGUUCCCUCAUAUGAUAAGAAUGGAUGCCUAACCUCACAGUCGAUCUUGCUAUGACAUUGCAUCUUAUUGCUUGCCUGCACUGCACUUUCUGUAUAAUUGUAACACCUUAUACUGCACUCAGUAUUGUUUUACCUCAUAACCUCAAUGCACUAUUAUAAUGAAUUGAUCUCUGUGAAUGCUAUGCAAGAUUUUCACUGUACGCUGGUGCAUGUGACAGUAAGCCAAUUCAAUAUGGAGGGAGUUCAUAGAGGCUGAGAUUAUUUUCUUAAAAAAUAAAAAAAGCAACUUUGGGCAUGUCCAGUAGAGUUGUAACCUCAGAUCCAGUGAAUGAGGUUCUUCCCUAAUUUCCAGUGUAUCUAUGUAUGUAUGUUCCCUCCUUCUGUGACUGCAUAGAUUUGCAUUGGAUGCCUCAGUUUUAUACUAUAUCCCAAAGCUCUGCAAGUUGGUAAAUUAAUUGGCCACAUCAAAUUUCCACUUGAGGUGCAUAGAGAAUCUGGAGGAAGUUGAUGGGGAAGUGGGAAGGAUAGGUGAUGGGGAGAAAUUAAUGUGGAAAUGGGAUUUCUCUGUAAAUAGCUCCAUUUAAAUCAGAGGAUUAUAAACAUUAUUAUGGAAAUGGCAGCUGAAUUCAUGUUAACUUUCCAAAAUUCUAAAGAUUCUUUAACAUCCCCAUUGGAUUGGAUGGUAAAAAUUGUGCACGACAAGGGGGGGGGGGGAAGAAAAACUGAAAAAUAUAUUUAGUCUAAAUAUCAUAAGGUUGUGAGAAAAUUGAGACCAUUUAUUUUGUCUAGAAAUGAAUAAUUUGGGCAGGAUAGAUAGAUACUUUACUAAUCCCAAAGGAAAUUUACAGUGUCACAAUAACAAGUGCACAGAUAUACAAAUAUUAGAAGAGAAGUAAAGAAUAUAAAAUAAGUUACCUUAAACAGUUUCACGGGAGGUGGGGAAGGGUUCAUCACUUCCCUGGCUAUAGGUCGUCUCAUUAUAGAGCCUAAUGGCUGAGAGUAAGGAUGGCCACAUAUAGUGGCCUUUGGAGCAGCACAGUUGUCUUAGUCUAUUUCUAAAAAUAUUCCUGAAUUCAUUCAAGGUGGCAUGCAGAGGUCGAGAAAAAUCGUCCUGAGUUGCCAGGAUUAUCUGUAGGGUCCUUUGUUCUACCACAGCCUCCAGUGUGUCCAGUUUGACUACCAAUAACAGAGCCACCCGUGUCGAUGCCAUUGCCUCAGCACACCACCACAUAGAAGAUUGUGGCUUAAUGCUGUUACAGCGCUAGCGAUUCGGGUUCAAUUACUGCUGUCGUCCGUGAGGAGUUUGUAUGUCCUCCCAGUGAUUGUGUGGGUUUCAUCCAUGUGCUCCAAUCUCAUCCCACCUUCAAAAGAUGUACAGGUUAGUAGGUUAAUUGUUCACUUGGAUGUAAUUGGGUGGUGAGAACACAUCGGGUUGUAAGACCUGUUAUUGUGCUAUAUCUUUUUUUUAAAAAAAGGGAAGACCACUAGGUCAUACUGAAUGGUGGGACUGAAACAGGAGUAAUAAGUCAUUCCUACUUCCUAUGUUCCUAUUUGAAUGAGUGUUAGUUUGCUAUUGAACUGUUUUGAUGGGAAUGGGAGUGGUGGGAAGCUUGUUUAUUGCAGAUAACCUCAUUGAAAUUUGCAUACGUUUUGGAGAUGGAUAACUGGCUAAAAAAAGGCCAAAAACUUGCUUAUGUUUUGUCUAAUUCAGAAUCAUUCACAUUUCAACAAAAUCUGGAACAAGCUUGGUAACAUGGUCAGUCGCCAUUGCAGAUUUGGGUAACUUGCUGUCAAAUGCACGCCUACCAAAUGAUUAUGGAGUUCCAAAAAAUUUGUUAUGAACUUUUAAAUUGAAACAACAUAUAGCUAUUGACAUCAGCUGCAAACCAUACAUUGGCACAAUGCUGCUUUGCUUUUAAGUAGGAAUUGUUGAUCUAAAGUACGAUUAUCGUCCAGUUUGAAAACUGAUAUUUAACCAUGCUAGCGUACAGCACCAGCGACCAGGUUCAAGUUCACCACUGUCUGUAAAGAGUUUGUACGUUUUCCUCAUGACUGCAUAGGUUUCCUCCAGGUGCUUCGGGUUCCUCCCACAUUCCAUAGACAUACAGUCAGGUUUAGCGAGCUGUGGGCAUGCUCUGUUGGCGCCCACAAAAAGUUCCACCAGCAUUUUGUGUGUGCGUUGUUGUUUGAACUUCCAGUAUCUGCAGAUUUCCUUGUGUGUACAAUCUUCGCUGAUCUGAUUUGACAGAAACUAUGCAUUUCACUGUAUGUUUCAAUGUACAUGCGAUAAAUAAAUCUAAUCCUAAUCUUUUACAGAAUUGAGCUAAC